CGCAGCACUCCGGUUGACAGUUCUUGCAGUCUGGUCCCUGAACGCAGCACUGCCGUUGACAGUUGCUGUGCUCCGGUCCCUGAACGCAGCACAUCUGUUGCACAGCGCCGCGGCCUCCGGAGCCCCUCAUGUCUCGGUAGGGACCAUGCUGUUCAGUCCCCGCGGUUUGACCGAGUGUUUACGGGAAUGGGAGGAUUUGGAGAAGGACUACCAGCAGAUCCAGGACACCCACCGCCUGUACAGGCAGAAGCUGGAGGAGGUGGCCAAGCUGCAGGCCAGCUGCUCCGGAGCCAUCGCUCGCCAGAGGAAGAAGCUGAAGGAGCUGGACAGCUCCCUGGAAGAAUGCAAAGAAACCUCCACUCCACCCAGUGUGAGUCCGGACGAGAUGGACGCCGUCGCAGAAAUCCGGGACUCCAUCAGCGGGAGAGAAGCUGCUUUCUCUGAGAUGGAAGCUUUCCUCCCCAAGAAGAACGGGUUGUACCUCAGUCUGGUUCUGGGAAACGUCAACGUGACGCUCCUCAACAAACAGUCCAAGUUCGCCUACAAAGACGAGUAUGAGAAGUUCAAACUGGUCCUCACCGUCAUCCUCUUCGUCUUCUCCUUCACCUGCCGCUUCCUCUUCAGCUACAGAGCCCUGGAUGCUCUGUUCAACUUCCUGUUGGUGUGGUACUACUGCACGCUCACCAUCCGGGAGAGCAUCCUCAUCAGCAACGGCUCCAGGAUCAGAGGUUGGUGGGUUUUCCAUCACUAUGUGUCCACGUUCCUGUCCGGAGUCAUGCUCACCUGGCCAGAAGGAGCUCUCUAUCAGAUGUUCAGGAACCAGUUCAUCAGCUACUGUCUCUACCAGAGCUUCGUCCAGUUCCUGCAGUACUACUACCAGAGCGGCUGUCUGUACCGACUCCGGGCGCUGGGAGAGAGACACAACAUGGACCUGACAGUGGAGGGUUUCCAGUCCUGGAUGUGGAGAGGGCUCACCUUCCUCCUCCCAUUCUUGUUUUUUGGUCAGUCGUGGCAGCUGUACAACAGCAUCACGCUGUUCAAGAUGUCCCAGCUCCCAGAGUGCAAGGAGUGGCAGGUGGCGAUGUGCGGCUGCUCCUACUUGGUUCUCUUCCUGGGAAACUUCCUCACCACCCUGGGAGUGGUUUACCAGAAAUACACCAGCAACAAGUCGAAGAGCGCCUGACGGGAGUCUGAACUGCCUUCAGCGCUUUGUGCUGCUCUGAGCUCAGCUCUCCGCCACGUCUCCGUUACUCUGAUCAGUCUUCUGUCAUUUCCUGUGUGUGAAAAUGUCGUUACGGUCCGUCGGACGAGUUUAACGUUAAAUCAAAGGUCAGGUUGUUGUUUUUAGAGACAGAAUGUUGAACGCAGGGGGGUCGGCCCCCGCUGUUUGUUACUCAGGAGCUGCUGCAGAUUUGAACUUGUCAGGAAGUUUACUGCUGAAUGAAACACUCCUUUAAAGAUGUGUGUUUACUCUUUUUUUUAGUAGAUGACACAGAUGGUGAUGAAAAACUCAAAGAUUUUACUCAAGUGUUUGUUUUCUGAAAACAUUUUCAUGUUUCCCUCUAUUUGAAAUAAAUUUCCCUUUGUGAGGACAUUCUUACUGUGGCCACCAGGAGGCAGCAUUGCACUGACAGUAAACUGGAAGUCAAAACACUGAAACUGUCACUUCAGCUUCCUCUCAGCAGCUAGACUACAGUUUUUAUUCUUUAUUAGAAACUGAGACCGUCUUAUGAUUAUUUGCUGCAAAGCUGUAGAAAUGGUGGAAAUGUCCACAUUUUGUAUCCAGCUGGAAGUUCUUUACAAACAGAAAAUAUUGCUCAAAAUAAUAAUAAAUACAGCAGAAAAAGG